AUGCACCCUAACGCUCGACCGACUGACAACAGCCAGCUGUACCUGGACAAUCCAGAUGGAUCCUGGCCAGUGGCAGACCCCGACCUCGAUUAUUCCCGCACGCCAACAGGUCGCCAGUACCAAAUCAACCUUGAGCCACCUUACCCAGCGGAAGUCACCUGCUCAACGCUCUGUCCCGGACUUCCGCUCACCGCUUUCCCCAAUGAAGACAUCUUCUCAUCGUCUCACACCGACGAUCAGGACGAAGAGCAGGCCAACUCGGAGGAUGAGCUGCGAGAGGACGUGAUCAUGGAAGAAAAGCCGGAUGAACGGAGCUCUCGAGACGUGUACUGGGUACAACGGGAGUCCGACAGGAGACACUCCAGGAGCAGCUCCGCAUCAUCCCAGGCUAUUUCACCCAGCUCCACCGUGUUUGCCGACCACCACCGCGGACACAGCUCCCGCACGGCCGCUCGCUCAAAUGGCUCGGAAGACCAACAUAGCAACGUCCAUCGUAGCUCAUUGAUCAGCUUACAGUUGAGACCCGAAGAUGAACUGUUCCUGGAAAACUACCUUGAGGAGGAUGGUGAUGGCAUCGAUACCGAUAUUGAUUAUUGA